AUGAUCAUUAAUAAUAGAUCAGUCUAUCAAACAAAAUAUGUUCUUUUAUAUACUAUAAUAGUUAUAUUAUCAAUAUCAGAAAUACUAGCUAGUAAAACAAAAACAAACACACAAAGAGAAUAUAUAAAAUAUAAACAAAAAAUUGAACAAGAAAAAUCUUCUUUGAGCAUUCAAUCUAUUCUGUCUGGUGUAGGCAUGGUAUUAUAUAAUUUAUGCAUGCACUCUCUUUCUAUUGAUGGGCUGUUGUUAUUCAUUAUACCAUGUAUAAUUAGCAGUAUUGCUGGUGUAAAGAGUUCUAUUCUAUCAAACGGUAGAGAGUCACCCCAAUCAGAAUCAAUAUUUUAUUAUUUUAAUGCUGCUCUUAUUUCAUCAAUAAUAGGAAUGUUUUUUAUUACUUUGCUACUUCCUGUUGAUAUACCAAAUCACUCAGUAAUAACUAUAUUAUAUGGAAUAUUUGGUGUAUUGAGUAUAUUGGGCAUAUUAUUAUCACAUAGUAGAAAUUAUAAAUAUGCAGUAGUUGGUCCUAAUUAUAAUAUUACCAAUAAUAUUAGAAUAUUUUAUUAUACACUAAGUGCAGUAGUAAUAAUAGUAGGAUAUUUUGCCGUGAUGUUUAGUGGUAUGCCUUUAUUAGAUGUUAUGCUUAGAAGUAAUGUAUUGAUAUUUUCAAGUAUAUUUGGUUAUAUUGCUAGUUGCUUUGAGAGGCGGUACAGUGAUGCUGAACAUAAUUAUAGUCAAUACUCCAAAUAUUUUAGUAUGUUUAUAACUGUUAUAUCUGGAAUUGUAGGAUAUUUAUUGGGGCAGUAUUAUCAUGAAGGCAAUGGCGUUAUGGAAGGAUUAUUUAAUAAUGCCUGUAAUAUUACAUCAUCAUUAAAUAAUAACUAAAAUAAAAAUUAUAAAC